UCUGAUGAAAAUUAUUAAAAAGAAAAAAACGUAUGCCGUUGCCGUUCUUAGACUCAUUGAUUACUGAUUAUGAAAAUAAUUCUCGUAAAAUUAUUCUCAAAAAGUGAUUUUAAUAAGGGAACAUAAGCGUCAGUACCUUAAAUUACUCAUGGUGUUUUCUGACUUAUUGUGCAAAUCUUUAACUGUGGUGUUUUUAUCCAUCUGCUGGUUUCAUGCUAUCUAUCUGAGUUGGAGCUUGUCAUCAUUCCAACAAUAUGCCACUCACGGCUGAUGUGGCUGCCCAACAAGUGCAGGAGCGUCUGCGGUGUUUGCACAGAUUAAUCUAUGAUAUUGAAGCGGAAAGAGCUCGCAAUGAGCAAUGUAUUGAUUCAAUACUUAGAGCUGAGAAGGCUGUGGAGUCCCCGCCUUCUAAUGAAGAUUCAUCCGGUUCUUCUCAACAGCAAAUGCAGUUGAAGAAUUUAUACAAAGCUGGCUUGUCUGCGGCAGAACAAGAAGAGAAUUUGCUACGGAAGGCAUUAUCCCGUAUUUACGAAAUUCGUAGCAUCAAAAACGAGAGGAGAAUACAAGCUCGCUAUGCAGGAAACAAAGAAACAAUUGGUUGCGGAGCUCUCAUGAAAAUGUUAUUGAGUGCCGCACAAACAUUGCCACUACACGUAGGGCGAGUCGGCGAGCGAGCUCCGCCUCUGUGCGGAGCUGUGCCGCCCGACCCUGGACAUGUUGCAAAACCGGGAGACGCCGUCGCCGCACUUGUUAGGGUAUCAGAAAAGGAGGAAAACUGGAUAUUAGCGGAGGUGGUGAGCUGGCUGCCUGCUCAAGGUAAAUACGAGGUUGAUGACAUUGAUGAAGAGCAGAAGAACCGCCACAUACUCAGCAAGAGGCGAGUUGUUCCUUUGCCCUUGAUGCGCGCUGACCCACGAGUCGACGAGCACGCUUUGUUUCCUAAGGGCGCAGUCGUGAUGGCGUUGUAUCCACAGACCACUUGUUUCUAUAGAGCCGUGGUCAACAGGUUACCUGCUAACGCUGCUGAUCCUUAUGAGGUGCUUUUUGAGGAUUCGUCAUACGCCGACGGUUACUCCCCGCCGGAGCGCGUUGCCCAGCGCUACGUGAUUGCGAUCAAAGAAGGCAAGGGUCGCGCCACUUGACACGGCUCCAGCACUUGCUCGGAGCGGCCUCCCUCCAGCCGCUCGGAAGCCACUUCUAGUGACUCGAUGCUGUAGACUUGUGAGUUGUGACAGUUAUAAAUGCCGCCAAAUUCAUGGACUUAUGCUAUAAGGCGACCGAGGGAUAUUAAUUUUAUUUUUAUUGCCCAUGCUUUUACCACUGUAGCAUAUUCAAAUUGUCAAGUGAGUGUGUACACGUGAUUGGACAAUGGAUGUUAUAGGUGAUAUAAAACUUUUUCAUUGCAUUAUUAGAUGUAAGUUUAGUAUUUUUAGAUAUUAGAAAUAUGCGGAAUAUUAAUGAAGAAUAAGAAUUAUUGAAUUAUGGUUAACAGGAAUUGUGUAUGACUUGUUCAUAAUAUAAGCUCUUAUGUGUUUUCUAUUGUGGCAAUCUGUAAGUAAAUCUAUUAUAUUUGUGUGUUGAUUCAUUAGUUAAGCUUCUAGUGUAUUAACAUAAUUAAUAUGUUCUAUGUGUAUGGGAAAAAUAAAAACAAUUUUAAGGAUACAA